GAAUAUUCCCAUAUCAGUGGUUAACUAGUAAAAACAAAUUCAAAGAAAUGCAACCACCUCCUCGAAAAGAUUUUAAUAGUAACUUGGAUAGAGUAAAUUAUUGUGAGCAAGGAUGUGAAAGCAAAGAAUGUGAACAUGAGAAAAUUUACACAAUAACUCAAAAGGACUACGAUUUUGCUCAUACAGUUUGGAAAGAAACUGCUUGUAAAACCUUUAGUGAUUAUUAUGAUAUUUACCUCAAAACGGAUGUUCUUAUAUUAGCAGAUGCAUUCGAGGCAUUUCAAAAAGCAUCUUAUUCAGCAUUCAAAUUAGAUUCAGCAAAUUAUUUAACCACACCAGGAGAUAUGCAUGACUUCUUUAUUGCAAUGAAAAGAGAAGGAAUAUCCUUAGCUAGAAGACGUAUAGCUAGAGCAAAUAUUCCUGGAUUAGAAGGGUAUGAUAGAAAAAAAACAAAAAAAUGGCUGUUAUAUUUAGAUGCUAAUAAUCUUUAUGGCUGGGCAAUGUCUCAAUAUUUACCAACUGGAGGAUUUAAAUGGCUAUCAACAAUAUCUUUGGAAGCAUCCCACCCUUUAGUGCAGAAAAUUUUAAAAAUAAAAGAAAAUUCAAAUCGAGAAUGUUGUUUGGAAGUUAAGUUAUCAAUUCCAAAAGAAUUACAUCCCAAAUUUCGAGACUAUCCAAUGUAUACAGAAAAACUUAUACUAACUCUUCAUGAUAAGGACCAUUAUGUUAUUCAUUAUAGAAAUCUACAACAAUGUAUAAAGGAAGAAUAUGUUCUUGAAAAAAAUGCCUUUGAAAAAAAUUUCUGGAAAUUAAUGAAUAACUCAGUAUUUGGAAAAACUAUGGAAGAUGUAAGAAAACGAGUGAAUAUAGAUUUAGUUAGACAGGUAGAUGAAGAACAGAGGUUACAUAGAUUAAUAUCAGAUCCGGCAUUUGUUAGUAGGAAAAUUUUCUAUGGAGCAAAUUUGGUAACAGUACAUCGAAGACAAACCAAUGUAAAACUAAAUAAGCCAGAAUAUGUUGGAGUAUGUAUUCUUGAUCUUUCUAAAUACUUUAUGUAUGACUUCUGGUAUGGACAUCUCAAAAAGAAGUAUGGUGAUCGAGUAAAACUUUUAUACACAGAUACAGAUUCUUUAAUCAUAGAAAUUGAAACUGAAAAUAUUUAUCAAGACAUGAUCGAUGAUUGUGAUUUAUUUGAUUUUAGUGACUAUCCAGAAGAUCAUUGGAUAGUAAAAAAUCUUCUAGAAGAUCAGUAG